AUGUCUUCCUCUCAAUCUCAUGGACAAGAUUUCGAUUCCGACGCCGGUACACUCGCCGUCAGCAACAGAAACAGCACAUAUUCCACCAAGUCAGCUAGUGCAUUCUCUGAUGAAGGCGACUUGAGCAGUGGUGCUAGCUACCACAAAGCCAAGCCCUCCAGCAAGUUUCUCAAUCAAGAUCACUUCGACGAUGUCAGCAAGGAUCUUGAACUCGGCACACUUCCAACCGUAAAUCCUCAAACUUUCCAAAAUACUACACAUAACAAGACAGCUCAUCGAGGCAAUUCUGAUACCUUUAUGAAGCGCAUGCGCUGCAGCAAGUGCUACGAUUUCUGGAUGGUCAGCAUCUACUCUGUUGGACUCUGUACCGCUAUCAUGCUGCCUAUUGCUUUGAUUUCAGUCUAUACAAACGAUAUCAAAUUCACAGUUUCAGUUGACAUGAAGAAUAUUGAAGUCGUCAACGGCACCGUCAAUUAUGGAAAUGGUACGACUGCCCCAGUCAGCGAUUUCAAUCUUUUUGGUUCGAAUCUCACGGUUGCGACUUGCAACUACAUCGAUGCUAAUGAUUUGUGUACGAAUAACACAUUUCACCAUAUUAGUAUCUUGUGGCCUUGCUAUAUUCUGUUUGUGAUUCUGUUGUAUAGAUUUAUCUGGGAUAUUGUUGGUGCUAGAUAUGGUCUGGUCAAGAUUAGACUUGGGAGAAGAAAUGCAAAUCAGUAA